AUGACUCUCCAAAGAUUCCCAAAUGCUGCUAUCGUUAGCUCAAAAAUUCUUGGCGAGAAACUCAAAUUUCCAAAUGGACGAACCGCUGCGAACCGAUUCAUGAAGGCGGCAAUGACCGAGAGAUUGUCGACGUAUGAUCCACAGAAUCCGAAGAAGCAUGGACUGCCAACCAAAGAAAUUCUGAAUAUCUAUGAUAAAUGGGGACGUGGAAAAUAUGGAAUGAUUAUCACUGGAAAUGUGGUUGUUGAUCCGACCAACCUUGAAGCUAUUGGCAACGCGAUCAUUUUCGAAGAAGGGGACAGUGAAGAACGAAGAUCCCUCUACGCUCAAUGGGCCAAAAACAUGAAGCACGAUGGCGCUCUAGCAAUCAUGCAACUCUCUCAUGCAGGCCGUCAAUCCUCAAUCUGGGUCAAUCGCACGCCAUUCGGUGCUUCAGACAUCGAGCUGAAAACCGAUCCACCAGGCACAAUGUAUGGAAAACCGAUCGCUUUGACUACGGAACAAAUCAAGACGGAAGUCGUCGAUCGAUUCGUUUACGCGGCUAAGUAUGCCUACGAGUGUGGAUUUGAUGGCAUCCAACUUCACGGAGCACACGGAUAUCUUCUUACCCAGUUCACUUCUCCAACUACUAACAAUCGAACGGACAAGUAUGGCGGGUCACUGGAGAAUCGCAAUCGAGUCAUCAUUGAGAUCUACGAAGCGAUUCGAAGAGAGGUUCCAGAGUCGACUGGAUUCCUGGUUGGUAUCAAAUCGAACUCGAAGGAAUUUCAAGAGAAAGGAACUACGGUGAACGAUGCUAGAGAUCUGUGUGCAGCUUAUGAGAAGCAUGGAUUCGAUUUUGUUGAGCUGACCGGAGGAACUGCUGAGAAGUAUGUUUUCGCUCAUGAAAGAGAGUCAACCAAGAUUCGGGAGGCAUUCUUUGUGGAGUUUGCUGAUGCGAUCCGACCAGUCUUCAAAAACACUGUUCUCUACCUGACAGGUGGGUUCAGAACUGUCGGUGCAAUGAUUGAUGCCGUUGAGAAAAACACCACCCAAGGAAUCGGCCUGGCACGUCCGGCAACAGCGGAGCCGGAUCUUCCAAAAAAGAUUCUCAAUGGAAGUGUGCCAUCGGCAGUCAAAGACGCAUUCAAUCCAAACGACAUUAUCAAACAAAUCAUGGCGAGUGGAUCUCAAAUCGAGCAGAUGGGAAGAAAAAGUGUGGAGGACGCCGGUGGAGAUGUUAUGGAUCAAAUCAGUGAUUAUAGUGAUCCAAAAAUAGUCGAAUUGUUCAUUCAAGCGACUUACAAGCUCUUCGAAGAUGGGAAGAAGGCGGCUAUGGCUGGAAAGGCUCCGAAAACAGUUGUUGUUAUGGAAUAG